AAUGUCAGUGAUUGUCAUCGCUGUUGCCUAUUUCUAUCUGGCAAACGCGUUCCACACGUGUAAAUUGUGGUUUUUUUUCUUAGAAAAAAUGAUACGUGCAUGUCUUGUAAGAAGGAGAUGUAAACCAACCCUUUUUCGUUAUUAUGUCUACGCAUGCGCAGCCGUAUUAUUUUUAAAACAGACAAACUAUGGCAGAAAAGCAGACAUCCCAAUGCGAAAUUACAUUGUCGCAAUAAAAAGAGACAGGUUGAUAUGAUAUUGCGUUUGCAAUUCUAUGAGUGAAAGAGAAAAAAAAAACACCUAGUAUGGCAGGCAAGUAAAAUCAAAGACAGAUCCAUUUGUUAAUCGGUAAUCCAAGUUUCCAUUUCGAUUCAAGUAUAUUUCUGUGAGUCUACAGUUCCAAGAUCUAAAAAAGCGUUGGCGAGGUCGUGUUGAUUGAUGCUGUGUGUCGUUGAAAAGAAAAAAGCCAUGAGUGAAAAAAAAAGCCAUGAGUGAAAAGAAAAAAAA